AGCCUAAAAAAUCAUCCAAAAUUUGGAGUUGUUCCGAUGGAGAAUGCUGCUGACCUCUCUCCGCUCCCAGAAGAAAUCAUUCACCGCAUACAAUCUCUUCUGCUGCAUGAAAGAGAUGCUGCUCAGACCUCUCUCCUAUCCAAGUCCUGGCACGACGCGUGGACCACACGCCUCAACCUCACUUUCGAUCAAUACAAGUUCCGGAAUCGCGUGAAUGAGUUUCCCAUAUUCACGAGGAAGAUCAUGCAGAGGUAUGAAGAUUUGAACCGAAAUAUUAAGAGUUUCAAGCUAUUGAUGAAAGGUAACGACGAUUCUGAUCUGGCUAGAGAAUUGAUUUUGAAAGCGAUCAAAUUGGGAGCUACUGAUCUCACGCUUCAAUUUUCAAUCUCGGAUACUAAUAGGUGUUUUGUUCUACCAGAUGAGGUGCUUGAAUCCAAAACCCUAGUUAGAUUAUAUGUUUUAGGGCUCACGGUUGAUCUCGAGAGGAGGAAUAAAGCGGUAGCUUGUUCGAAUCUUAAAUACCUUUGGUUAUCCCAAGCGAGUGUAAAAGGUGACUUAAUUAGGGAUUUGAUUUCGAGAUGCCCAUCCAUUGAGGAAUUAACACUUUUUCACACAAGCUUGUUUGGAUACGAGAGAAGAAGAUGGAGUCCCUCUCAUGAUCAUCAGUUUGAUAAUCUCAAGUGUUUGCGUUUGAUUUGUUUGGGUGUUAAACUGCAUGAUCACGAUGAGUUGUGGAACAAUUCUCCUUCCCUCAAAGUGUUGGUGAUUUGGGAUGAAAACUCCGAUUACGUAAGAAUUUGCAGCCCAUCGCUUGAGCGCAUAAGCAUACGCAUAUUACAUGAUAAAAUCUGGAAUGGGGAGUUUGAUGUUCCAAAUAUUCAAAAUUUUAAGAUUAGUGCUGGUUGUGAAUUUAAAGAGCCGCGCCUCAAGAUCAAAAGCGGUGAUAAGGAAUGGGAGAUCGAAAGCUUUGAACCUAUUGGUUAUUGCUUUUCUUCAUUGAAGCAACUUGUGAAAACAUUUUCUCUUUCUAUUCGGGAACGAUGAGAUGCUUAGGCCACACUUUAGGACUUUCUUUUUAUUAGAUAGGUUCAUUAUUCGAUUUUAUUAUAUUCAUCAAGUAAUGAGAUUAGUU